AUGCCCCAUAUGCGCGAGGUCAAGACGUGUGACCGCUGUCGCCAUUUCAAGCGGCGCUGCGACCUCCUCAAGCCGUCCUGCUCGCGAUGCAUUCAGGCGGGAGUGCGCUGUAGCUUCGACGUCAACGGGGUCGCCGUGCCCGGAGCAGCGGCUGCCACUGCCAAUGGCGCUGCGUCUGCCUCGCCCAACGCAUCAUCGCGACAGGCGAGGACCGGGCCCUUGACGUCGUCGUCUCCUGCCACCAAUGGCGACCCUGCAUCGGGCCAGAACGGACUCAUCUCGCCCACGGCGUCCACCGAGAGCCCCGAGCCUCAUGCCGGUGCCGGCGCCGUCGAUGCCAAUGGCAUGCCGAUCGAGGGCAGCUCCGCUUCCGGGUCGGCGACCAACCAGCUGCGCGUGGUCCGCAAGCGCAAGCGCAACUGCCUGAGCUGCCUGCGCUGCCACCGCCUCAAGGUCAAGUGUGACAAGGAGCUGCCGUGCGGCCGUUGCAAGUCGAGCGGCAACGGCAGGGAGUGCUAUUAUAGCUACAACAAGGGGCCCAACGGUGGAAAGUUCCCUUGUCCCACCGCCCCAUCGAGCAACGAGGAGACGAAGACGGUUCUUGCUACCUGGCAGGUCCAGCACAAGGUGCGAGGAUCCAGCCAUUGGCGGGACCUCAUGACCAAGAUUGGCACUUUGACAACCCUAGAGUCUGCGCCCCUGGCUGCCGCUCUUGAAGACGUGGCUACCAAUGCCUGCUUGGCCAACUUUACGCUGCCGGGCAACUUCCCCUUUGGCACACCCGGUGCAACCAAGUACUAUGCCCGCGAUGCCGUCACCCGACUGCUGGCCAGCGAGAGGGCAAACUGCGACAAGUACCUUCAGCGAUACCUGGAUCUACUCGACGUGGUCAAUCCCAUCGUGGACGUUCACAUCUUCACGCGCGAAAUAGAGCGAUACUGGAUAGACCCCAACGCCUCGGAUCUGUGCUGGCUGGCGCAGUUCCUCAUGGUCAUGGGCCUGGGCAGCUUUGCCUCUCCUGAAGGGGAACCCCCCGUCGCCACGGAGCUCAUGAUGGCCGCCGAGGCGUGUCUCAUGCAGACGCCGUUUUCCUUCCGGCCGACUCUCUUGGCCCUCAAGACGCUGGCCCUCAUGGUUGUCGCCAAGCAGGUCUGCAACCCCACCUGCUGGUCGGUCGAUUCAUGCUGGUCCCUGCUCGGAAUGCUCGUACGCACGGCCUUCAUCUACGGGCUGCCCCAAGACGGGUCCAGCCAGGAGGAGGCGGGGCGCAACCAGGACGAAAAGGACGCCCGGCGAAAGCUGUGGCUCACGAUCCUGUACCUCGACAUCAAGGUAGCCAUGUGCACCGGAAUGCCGCCCCUUACCCGGCCGGACGAACUCGGCACCCUGGAGAAGAUUCCCGAAUGGGGCCCGCCGGACAGCCUCCAGAUGGUGCUGUACCAGUCGCUGCCGACCGUGCUGGCGGUCAUGGCGCAGAUCAAUUCCAACAAGGAGCAGAUCUCAUACCCCGACGUGCUGCGAUACAACGCCCAGCUGCGGGAGCUUAUGAGCCACGCCCAGCGGGUCUGUACCGGACAGCUGCAGCGGGUUACGGUCGACAUCUUCCUGCGGCGGUGCCUCAUGGUGCUGCAUCGCCCCUUUGCCCUGCACCCCGAGGGCCCCGUCAUGUUUCCCGAGUCGUACUGGUCGUCGCUCGAGUGCUGUCUGGCGCUGCUGGUGCACUACCGCGAGAUGUGGUGCAGCGACCCGGAUCUGCGCCUGGACCUGGUUGGACGGGCCUUUGUCCUCGACUUCUUCUCCGCCACCUUGACGACUUAUAUCCACGUCCUCCGCGCAGACGCUCCUUUGACGGGCGCUGCUGCCAUGGGAUGCGCCAUUCCACCGCGACAGAUCAUCCUCGACACGCUGCGAAGCUGCGUGGAGAUCUGGAGCUCGGAAAAGGACAAGAGCGUGUGCUACCGCACCGGGUACAACCUGCUUGUCGCAGUACUGAAUAUGGUGCCCAAGAACAAGAUCUGA